CAUCCGGGAGUAUUUGACAGUCGGAUCCGAGGCUCGCAACGUAUUUGACUUUAUUUUUACUAGCUAUGGCAAUAAGUGAUUGCAAAUUACGAGAAUAAUUAGCUCACUCUUUACCUAGCAUUAGGUAAUUACAUGUUGUCUGCUAAUGACGUGGCUAAUGAGAAGCGAAGAGACAAAGGAAAAUUGUUACAUGUAUUGAUAAAAUGCAUGUUGGUUGAUUUUUUUUCUCUCUUCGACAGCUGUAUCUACCAACAAAACGCGUCCUACUUACGUUAAAUAUUCCGUUUAACAACCGAUAUUUAAAUCAGUUGUCAUCACUCGUGUAGCUGAGAUGACAUAGCCAGUGUCCGCCGAUUAGGCUACUGUAAGCAAAGCGCGUAGUCUCUGACAGUGGCAUCGUCUGUUUUCGCCACGAAUUCCCGAAAAUUCCCGGAGUGGCUGCGACAGAAACGCCUAGAUAACGGAAUCAGCCGACGUGAGGCCUGCAGGUGAAAUAAUUAAUGAGCUGCCCUUCUGCACACCUUUGAGCAGCAGUAUGAUGCAGGCAGGAGUGUGAGACGAGGCACUGAGACAACCCUACCAGAGCUAACAGGAUCAGACUGAAAGAAGAGGAACUCAGUGGUCUGGAGUCUGUCCGCAUGGAAGAGGCAGAGACAAAGUGCGCUGCACCAGGACUCAACACACUCGAGACAGAAUGGGUUACAGCACACAGUGAGGUCAAUGAUGCACACCACAUAGACACAGUACUGAUAAAAACAGAAACUGAUCUGGGCACCAACAACACCGGGGAACUUACAGAGAGCCUGGAUUUUACAAAGAUGGCAUAUGAAACCCAUCUGCACCCUGACCAAAUCAAAACUGAGAUUGAUGAUGGAGGCUACAAUGAGGCUGAACCCAUCGGUGUCAUGGAUGAUAUUCAAUGUGUAGUCAUUAAAUCUGAGGAAGUCAAGCUUGAAUCCAGUGAAAUGUUAGAGAGUGAUCUCAUGAACACUGUGAAUUAUGGAGAUGGUGUUGAUCACAAAGGCCAGACUGACCCAUGGCAGUGUGCAGGAGAGCCAAAUCCAAACAGCGAAAUACCAAGUGAAGAAAUGUGUAGUUCCACCCAGCUAUCAGAAUUAAUCCAAGAGGAGAGAAUCCGUUCAGGUGAAAAGCCCCACCAAUGUUCUCAGUGUGGGAAGUGUUUUUUUAAAGCAUCCACUUUACAGAAACACCUGAGAAUGCAUACAGGAGAAAAGCUCUACACAUGUACCCAAUGUGAGAAGUGUUUUCUUCGAAAAUUUCAUUUAAUCAUCCACCAGAGAAUUCAUACAGGUGAAAAGCCCUACAAAUGUGAUCAGUGUGAGAAGUGUUUUGUUCAGAAAUCUCAUUUAAACAGCCAUCAGAGAAUUCAUACAGGAGAAAAUCCCUACACAUGUACUCAGUGUGGGAAGUGUUUCUUUUUAAAACAUCUUUUAAACACCCAUCAGAAAAUUCAUACAGGUGAAAAGCCUUAUACAUGUACUCAGUGUGGGAAGUGUUUUUCAAGGAAAUCUUCCUUAAACAUCCAUCACAGAAUUCAUACAGGAGAAAAGCCCUACACUUGUACUCAGUGUGGGAAGUGUUUCGUUAAUAAAGCCCAUUUAAGUACCCACCAGAGAAUUCAUACAGGUGAAAAGCCCUACACUUGUACUCAGUGUGGGAAGUGUUUCCUUAAUAAAUCUCAUUUAAUUACCCACCAGAAAAUUCAUACAGGUGAAAAGCCCUACACAUGUACUGAGUGUGGGAAGUGUUUCUUUCAUAAACAUCUUUUAAGCACCCACCAGAAAAUUCAUACAGGUGAAAAACCCUACGCAUGUACAGAGUGUGGGAAAUGUUUCUUACAUAACCAUCUUUUAAGCACCCACCAGAGAAUUCAUACAGGUGAAAAGCCAUACACAUGUACUCUGUGUGAGAUGUGCUUUUCACAGAAAUCUCAAUUAAGUCGCCAUCUGAGGACUCAUACAGGAGAAAAACCCUACACAUGUACUCAGUGUGGGAAGUGUUUUAGUCAUAAAUCUCAUUUAAAUAUCCACCAGAGAAGUCAUACAGGUGAAAAACCCUACAUAUGUACUCAGUGUGAGAAGUGUUUCUUAACAAAAUCUUCCUUAAACAUCCAUCAGAGAAUUCAUACAGGAGAAAAGCCCUACCAAUGUUCUCAUUGUGGGAAGGGUUUUACUACAGCAUCUGCUUUACAGAUACACCUGAGAAUCCAUACAGGGGAAAAGCCCUACACAUGUAAUCAGUGUGGGAAGUGCUUUCUUCAGAAAUCACAUUUAAAUUGCCACCAGAGAAUUCAUGUAAAGCCUCGACUCGGAGAAUACUUUUUUUUCCAAAAUCUCUUUAAGUAACCACCUGGUAAAUUAUACAGAAACGUGCCCAUUUCAAACAUUAAACAACAUAAAUUUGCAGCAAAACCUCCCUAAAGAACCAAUGAUACUCCAAACCUACUACAACACAGGCUCUUCUUCCUUUGGUUUUCAUAUGAAAAAAUGUAUUGAAAUAGAUUAUCGCCUGCAGUUUUUAUAGCAAACCUUUCUUGUAUUGUUGUGUGUCUGUAUGUAGUUUCCCUCACAUCAUUUGCUGAUACCCACACCGAUUCCAAUAUUGAUAGCGAUGUUGAUAGCUGUCACUUGCUUCUUUUUCCUGCCCAGAGAUAACGGAUACAAACUUACUGGAUAGCUAAUUCUGGAACAGUGAUGUGGCUGUACACUGUCCUUCUCAAAUGAACAGUGUUUUGGACAGCGUGAUGAAACAACAGCCAAGUGACUGGGGUUGCAUUUUUAUUAUGUGCCAAGUGUCCUGGACUGUAAUAUAUCUGAUUCUUUAAUAUAUUUAAUUAUCUUAUAUUAAAUGUGAAAAGUUUGCAAUGAUGAAAAUAUAUUCAAAUGUAUUUAUUCGGAAAGGAAUUUUGAACUGCUGCUUAGAUAUGGAAAUAAACAUGAUAACUGGUAACAUGUUAAGUAAAAGAAAGCCCAAGUCUAUGGAAGAAAAUAAGUGUAAACUGUGAAAUUGAUAUAUCUGAAUUUAUUCAUUUUGUAUUCAUAUCUCAAAAAGAGCUUGGUUUUUCCCAGAAUUUCCUCAAAUGCAGUUCUUACAAAUUCAGUUUUUUUCAAAUUCAGUUUGUAAAAAAUCAGUUUUGUACCAAUAUUCUUAUUAUAAAAACAAAAACAAUAAAAAAAUUAUCCAAACAAUUGAUCAAA